AGAAAUAAAGAUGAAAUUUCUCAUGCUUACUGUUGCUACUGGCCUGAUUUUGCUGGUAGGUCUCCAAGCCAUGCCAACCAAUCGCCUCUCUUGCUACAAAAAGAUAAUAAAAGAUGGUGACUGUCAUAACCUUCCAGAAGGAAUAGCUCACCUAACAAAGAUGGAUGGAAGUAUCCCGACUCACUUCUGGGCUGAAAACAGAUGCGAAAUGGUCUGCUAUUGCAACUUCAGUGAAUUGCUCUGCUGCCCAAAAGAUGUCUUCAUUGGACCAAAGAUAUCUUUUGUGAUUCCUUGCAGUCAUCACUGAGAAUCUUCACUAAUUCCAGAGAACACUAUUCCUAAUUUCUCCAAAAUUAUACAAAUCAUUAUAAACUGUAACUGUAUUCUAGUUUCCAAUUGAUACAAUAAAGCACAGAUGCCAUCAAUUUUUGCCUAAGACAAGUAAA